UGUCAGCUACGAGCAUUUCAUUUUUUCUGUGACUGGCUUGUCGUUUCGUAUUUUUUCCUCUCAACUUCUAUCCUGUCUCAAGCUGGGUCUUCAUAGCGAUUUUCUCAGAAGAACAGCGGUUGGCUGCCCUGUUUGUCUGUGCCACGUCCAAUCCCUGUCUACCCCUUUGCUUUGUUUUCUCCCUGCCCCUUCCCCCUUGGAGCCCCUCCCUGUUCCGGCGGCUGACUACCUGAGUGAAUAGACGGCGCUGUAGGCGGGACCCGCACGUGGCCGCUCGCGAACGAGGGAGGAAGUAUCGGAGAUUGUCGCGAGAAAGGAAGAGGAAUUAGGCAAGGUCUUUAAAGGAUAUGUGACGUGCACACUGGGCCACGCGUGUCCCGAGGAGUAUUUCGAAAGACGAGAGGUGUAAGCUUCGGCCAGUGACGAGAGAUUAGGAGGGUUCUGGCCCCGUGUCUCCCCGAAGUGCCACGCAUGUCACUGCUAAAGGUGUUACCGUGCCUGCACACGUUCUGCGAGCGGUGCCUGAUCAGCUACACGCCGCCGGAGUCCCUGACGCUCACGUGCCCCGUGUGCCGCCAGCAGUCCAUCCUGCCGAAGGACGGGGUGCCGGGGCUGCAGAGCAACACGUGGGUGAGGGGCGUGAUGGAGGCCAUGGACGGCGCCGCCACCGGGCCCUGCUCGAUCUGCCACCAGGCCAACCCCACGGCGCGGUGCCAUCAGUGCCAAGUGGCGUUCUGUGCCGGCUGUGCCCAGGCCCAUGUCCAGGAUUCUGGCAGUGAGAGUCACAGUGUGGUGAGUCUGGCAGACAGUGAAAGCGGCGUGCCAGACACUAAUGGUUUCCAUGACGACAAUACCACACUCUACUGCCCCUCUCAUCAAGAUAUUAACUAG